AUGCCCUUCCUCCACGGCUUCCGAAGGAUCAUCUUCGAGUACCAGCCCCUGGUGGACGAGAUCCUGGGGCUGCUGCCCAUGCAGGAUACGGAGCAGCAGAGCAGCCUGGAGAGCCCUGCCUGUCUGGGCAGUGACAGGAGCCAGCUCUCAGCUGUCAGACGAGUCCUGGAGAGGGAGACCCACUCCCCGUUCUACCAGGAGGGUGUGAGCUAUGCCCUGCUGAAGGUCACUGAGCUGGGGCUUGUCCCUGCUGCAGAAAUCCUGCUGGAGUUUGGAGCUGAUCUCAGCUUUGAAGAUCCAGUCACCUACUACACCUCCCUGCACAUCGCGGUGCUGCGCAACCAGCCGGACAUGGUGGAGCUCCUGGUGCAGCACGGCGCCGACAUCAACCGCAGGGACCGGAUCCAUGAGAGCAGCCCCCUGGAUCUGGCCAGUGAGGAGCCUGAGCGACUGCCCUGCCUCCAGAGGCUGCUCCAGCUGGGAGCUGAUGUCAAUGCAGCUGACAAAAACGGCAAGACUGCUCUGCUGCAUGCCCUGGCCAGCAGUGAUGGGGUCCAGAUCCACAACACUGACAGCAUUCGGCUCCUCCUGGAGGGAGGUGCAGAUGUCAGGGCCACCACCAAGGAUGGUGACACUGUCUUCACCUACAUCAUCUUCCUGCUGGGAGAGAUGGUGUGCAGCAGCCAGGAGGAGGCACAGGUGAUCAGCCACUUCUGCUUCCGCAUCACACAGCUGCUGCUGGCCCACGGUGCCAACCCCAGCGAGUGCCCAGCCCCUGAGUCCCUCACCCACCUCUGCUUCAAGAGCUUCAAAUGCCACUUCGCACUGCUGCGCUUCCUGCUGGAGUCAGGGGCUGCCUACAACUGCUCCGUGCAUGGUCCCUCCUGCUGGUCAGGCUUCCACAUCAUCUUCGAGUGCCUCUGCUCGCACCUCAGUGGCCCUGAGGACGACAACUUCUCUGCAGACCUGCUGCAGAAGGGCCAGACCCUGCUGGAGCUGAUGAUGGCCAGCUCCCAAGCCAUCCAGCUGCCCAGCAACUUCGAAGUCAACACCAGCAGCUGCAGGUACCACGGGGAAAAGGUCAGGACUCUCUUCUGCUCCCUGAAGCAGCUGGAGCGUUCCCCACAGGCACUGAAGCAUCUCUGCAGGGUCUUCAUCCGGCAGCGCCUUAAGCCCUGGCCAGUGGAUGUCAAAAUCAAGGCUCUACCUCUCCCAGACAGGUUGAAGUGGUACCUCCUCAUCGACCACACUGCUGGCCACCAGGACCUCUGAGCCUGACUGAUGCCUCUCCCUCUGCCCACUUGAUGGUCGUGGGGGUGCCUACAGCCAC